AUGGGCGCUUUGGAUCACUUCUCCGAGAUGUUCGACUGCUCCGGCCGCCGGUCCCAGAAGCGACGCAAGCAACUUCAGACGGUGGAGAUAAAGGUGCGGAUCGACUGCGAGGGUUGCGAGCGGAAGGUGAAGAGGUCGGUGGAAGGGAUGAAAGGGGUGACCAAGGUGGACGUCGAGCGCAAGGCCAACAAGGUCACCGUCGUCGGCUACGUCGAACCCUCCAAGGUCAUCGCCCGGGUCGCUCACCGGACGGGGAAGAAGGCCGAGCUCUGGCCCUACGUCCCCUACGACGUCGUCGACCACCCCUACGCCAUGGGGGUCUACGACAAGAAGGCGCCUUCCGGGUACGUGCGGAGGGCCGACGACUCGGGCCUCGCACGUGCCAGCUCCACCGAGGUCCGCUACACCACCGCAUUUAGCGACGACAAUCCGGCCGCUUGCUCCGUCAUGUGA